AUCGAACGGUCCAUGGUCCUUGUUUUCAUGGCUCUCUUCCCGAUAGAGAUGGUUUACAUUAGGCGGAUUUGAGCUCCUGCUCGAGGAGUGGAGGAGGGUGUGAAGGAUCUAGCAAGAUUUAUCUAUUUUUGUUUCGGAGUUUAAUCAUCGAAAACUGAUGACUCGAUAUCCGAUCCUAUGACCCCCAGUGGUGGGUUUGAUUGAGACACACCAGGAAGGAAUUCUGAAAAGGCAGAUUGAUUUCACAUAAAUCGUCCAACACAAUGUGCUCAAUGAACCAUCCAGCUAACUGGGUGACCUUUGAAGAUGAAGGCACCCCCCAGUCCUCACCACAGAAAAUCUUGCAGUCUCCAUCAAGUUCUGGGUCAAUACCUCGACCAAAUGGCUUGAAAUUGGUUCUGCCUCCUUUAGGCAGUUCAGCAAGGAGGUUAUCCAGUCCACUGGAAUCUCCCCAAAUGCACUUUAGUUUCAAUGGGAGCUCAUGCGUGCCCAGCAACACUCCGAUGUGCACUCCUGUAAGAGAAACUCCAAUUGGUCCAUCUCCCUUUAACUGCGACUCUCUCAGACCACCGAAUGUCUUGAGGAGUUUCUCCAACACAUCGACGAAUAUCUCUUCUCCUGAUAGAUGUUCCUCAUCCGAGGCAUGCACUUCCUUCCCAGCGUUCCAAGAUGAUCCGGGUCAGGUUAACCUAUUUCUGGGUGAAAACAAGCACAAAAGAGAUUCUGGAAGUUCCUCAUCAGACUCCGAGCCUGGCUCAAGCUUGCCUCGCUUCUUUAUCCGAACCAAGGAUGGUUACGAGCCACCCCGGGACCAACUUCAAAACUCCUACUCGUACAUCUGCCAUAAGCUAGAGCGGUUAAAGGCAAAGGAGGACCAAGACCAAGAGAGAGAGGAAAGAGAUUCGGAUUUAAGCAAACUAAAGGAAAUUGAUGUAGGAAGAGGUUCGUCUUCCUUUGUUCCACAGGGAUUGUUCCUCAGCCAGAGGAGGCAUGGCUGGCCAUUAAUGCUGAGAAUCCCAGAGAAAAAGAACCGUAUGUCAUCCCGCCAGUGGGGCCCGAUAUACUUACAGUUGCUUCCAGGAGCUGUGCUCCAAAUGUAUUAUGAAAAAGGCUUGGAGAGACCAUUCAAAGAGUUCCAGCUGAGUUCCAAUUGCGCUCUUUCAGGCCCAAAACUGGAAAGCUAUGGUGAGCCACGGAAAAUUGCAACGUUGAAGAUUGAACACGUGUCAUAUGUUGAGCGAAAGCGCUACCACCCUAAACCUGAGGUGACUCAUGAAGCUGAAGUGGAGCAGCUGCUGAAAUUUGGCACAACAGAGAACAGAGACAUGGAGGACUUGCUGGUGUCCCUUGAGGAGGAGCUGAUGAGAUUACCAGGUCCCCUCAAGCAACAAAAACAUUAUGAGGAGCAAGAGUUGUCCUUGCAGAUUGCAGACCAUAUCUGGAUGCGAGUAGAUAAGGACGGAGUCACGCUGGAACGUGCGGCCAUCACGCGGCUCCACUGCUUGGCCUUCAUAAACGGUGCGGUGGAAUGUUUCCUGGCGUUGAAUGACCUUGGACUUCUGAGCAAAGACUCUAAUUAUGGCAGCAAAGAGGACGAAGCGUGGAUGGAGAUCGCCGACUACCAGUUUCACAAUUCUGUAAGAGAGGCUGAAUUCAAAGACACUAGGUUGAUUAAGUUCUCGCCCCCGGAUGCCUGCAGGGUGGAACUCGGUCGCUACAGGACAGCUUCGCUGAACUGCGGAGACUUGCCUUUCUCAGUGAAGGCUACAGUCACCGUUCAAGGUGCCUAUCUGGAGCUACAAGCCUUUCUCAAUAUGCAGUCAUCCUUCCCUUCACUCGGGGCACAUUCAGAAACACUUUGUGAAAACGUUUUAAUCCAUGUACCGCUGCCUGGGGAUUGGGUCAAAGUGCCUCGUACCAUCUCUCUGCUCUGGCAGAAAUCCAUCAAGGCCCGCAUGAACAGAAAUGCCUGCCUUGGCUCAGUAAACGUCACGGAUUCGCAUCCUGUCAUGCAGGUGACUGUUGGUACCGUCAAGUAUGAGAAUGUGUAUGGAGCCAUUGUUUGGAGGAUUGACAAGCUUCCUGCUAAGAACAUGGCAGCAGAUCAUCCCCAUUGCUUCUCCUGCAAACUGGAGCUGGCAUCGGACCAAGAGAUCCCCACUGACUGGUUCCCUUUCAUCACCAUGGAGUGUGAGGUGGCAGAUACGGUUGCUUCUCAAACCAGGGUGAAGUCUUUGGGAACAGAAAGCGACAUUCAGCCUCAGAAGCACAUCAGCUACAGGGCCUUCUAUCAUUGCCAGGUGGAAAUUGAAAAAAAGCUAAUUGAGGCAGAGUCGCAGAAACCAUCAAGCUGUGCAACACAGUGAUUCAAAAUGUGGAUUCAUGUUUCAGAAGGAAAAAAAAAGGAAGACUUACAUACUCGCACUAAUGAAUAAUCAGCAUGCACUUACAACAGACACAUGAAAUGUUCUUAGUCUUUACUCUGGCCUCCCCCCCAGUCCAUCCCCGCCCCCGCCAAGUCAAGAUCAACACACACAGCUCAACUACGGAAGCCGAGAGAGGCCCUUCAUAUAAUCCUUUUUUUUUAUUCACCUUGUUAUCCCGAGAUAACGACAAUAAUUAAUUCAGGAUCUCGAGAAAACAACACAACUAAUUCGAGAUCUCGAGAAAACAAAACCGUUAUUCCGAGAUAACGACAUAAUUAAUUCAGGAUCUCGAGAAAACAAAACCGUUAUUUCGAGAUCUCGAGAAAACAAAACCGUUAUUUCGAGAUCUCGAGAAAACAGCUGAGAAAUGGUUCAUUCAGAUGCGCCAAGAGACUUGUGAUAUGCUGACUUUGGGGCUAUUUCUCAUUCUGUAUAGACGCAACUUUGGUCAUUAGAAUGUCUGGAAUAAUCGAUCACCUAAUAAGGCAAUAUUUUGAUCAAGGGUUGACACAGGGAGAGAUUGCAUUAAGUCUUUUAAUAAGGGAUAAUUUCAAAAUUAGUCCGUGGCACCUCCGCAGAAGACUGGCCCCCCUCUCAAGGCAUCGUAAAAAGCCAUUUCUGCUCUGUUACAUGUCCGCCAAUUUCUAAGUCUUCGUUGUCUGACCCACAGGGGGGCGCAGCUCUGCUAGAAAUCUCAGCUGUUUUCUCGAGAUCAUGAAGAAAUUUUGUUUUUUCGAGAUCACGGAAUAAUUUUGUUUUCUCGAGAUCUCGAAUUAGUUGUGUUGUUUUCUCGACAUCCUGAAUUAAUUAUGUCAUUAUCUCGGGAUAACAAGGUGAAUAAAAAAAGAUUAUAUGAAGGGCCUCUCACGGCUUCCGUACUCAACACUAUAAACCGAAACAACAACAAAAUAUGUAUUUAUAUUAACCAUUAACUUAAUACAAUUUGUAAUGUUCUGCCACUGCAAUGACGUUAAAAACCUGUCCUGCAGCCUACAGUAUUUGCACUUUAGCCUCUUAUACAUUGCAAGAUUUCAGAGGGGUAAGAUGUAUAUUAAGCCCUCUGAUGACAUACAGAGCACUGUUCACAUUUAAUAUUAUUUAACAAUGUGGGUUAUUAAAUUAACUGUGUAUGUGAUAUAAGCAAUAAAUAAAUUCCUGUAAAAUACAGCUGGCGAAGUAUAUGCAAGCCACUGAGAUUGUGACAUUCCCCACAGUUUGGCUAACGUUUUAUUGCCGUACGAUUGCAAUAUUGUAAUGUUAGUUUUAAUACAUUAUAACUAUAGUUGUUUGAUGGACAGAGGAAGGGGAUUAAUUUGCAAUUGUUUCCUAUAGUGGUGCAAUACUGCUUUUCCAUGGGGUCCUUCACCCAGAGAGCACUUUAUUAGGAACAUCUGUACACAAUUGAUGCAAUUGUCUAAUUGUGGCAGCAUUUUGAUGCAUAAAAUCAUGCAGAUACAGGCCAGCAGCUUCAGGGAACGUUAAAACAUCAAAACAUCAGAAUAAUGGAGAAAAUAUGACGUCAAUGCUUUGGACCAUGGCAUGAUUACUGGUGCCAAUGGACUGGUUUGAGUAUUUUUAUAACUGCUGAUUGCCUGGGAUUUUCACACACAACGUCUAAAGUUUACACAGUAGUUUAAUAUUGAGGGGAAAAAAAAAAUCCAGUGAGCAGCAGUUCUGCAGGUGGAAACUUCAUGUUGAUAAGAGAGCUCGAUGGAGAAUGGCCAGACUGAUUUGAACUGACAAAAAAGUUAUGGUAACUCAACCACUCUGUACAGUUGUGGUGAUCUGAAAAGCGCACAUGUUCCAGUUCUGUCAGCCAAGAACAUGAACAGCAUGAUGAAUAUAGACUUCUACUGAGGCAUACAGAUGGUAGGAUCAGAAUUUGGCACCAAAAGCAUGAAUCCAUGGACCCAACCUGCCUUGUCAACAUUUCAGGCUGGUGGCGUAGUGGUGUGGGGAAUGUUUUCUUGGCACACUUUGGGGCUGUUAAUAGCAAUCCAUCAUUUAAAUGCCACAGCCUAUUUUAAUAUUGUUGCUGACUAUGUGCAUUCAUUCAUGGUCACAAUUUGUCAAUCUUCGACACAAUAGCUACAGCCAGCAUGAGGAUGUCACAAAGCAAAAGUCUUUUACAAAACCAGUUUGAGAUGGUACAAGGGGAGAUUUGCAGCAUGAAAGUGCACCUGAAAAUCUUCAGGAAUUACGUGAUGUCAGUAUGGACCAGAAUCACACAUGAAUGUUUCCAACAUUUUGUGGAAUCCAUGCCACAAAGAACUGAGGCUGUUUUAAGAGGAAUGGGAGGCCCGACACAAUACAGUAUUAGUCUCGUGUUCCUAAUAAAGUGUUCAGUGAAUGUAUAUUCACAGUGCUCAUAAAAACAUUACACAUGAAAAGCCUACUUUUGUUGUAUUCACAACUUUGAAAGUAAUUUAAUUUUAGAAAUUAAUUAAAAAAUAUUCUGACA